UGAUUCGAGUGUAAAGACAAUGGUUUGUCAUUGAAGACGACAUUCGGUUAAUCGGAGGCCAAAAGCGGUCGAGUUUUGAGUUGUUUUAGUCGUUCAUUGACUUUGCGUUCAUUGACUGCUAUUUCAGCGCAGACUCACAGCGAAGGGUGUGUUUGCGUUGGCUUUCAUUUUGACCAAAAAUCAGACCAAAAAUCAUGGCCUUAACCCAGCCGUCGGUCAAUUGCAGUCUCGAUGACAUCGAUCUCAACGCUCUUAAGGAUCCGGCGGGCAUCUUUGAACUCAUCGAAGUCGUCGGAAACGGCACUUAUGGCCAAGUCUACAAAGGAAGACACACGAAGACGGGCCAAUUGGCCGCUAUUAAGAUCAUGGAUGUGACGGAAGAUGAAGAAGAGGAAAUCAAACUCGAGAUCAAUGUCUUGAAAAAGUAUUCGCAUCAUCGCAAUAUUGCCACUUAUUACGGAGCUUUCAUCCACAAGAGUCCGCCGGGAAAAGACGACAAGCUUUGGCUCGUGAUGGAAUACUGUGGAGCUGGAUCUGUCACGGAUCUGGUCAAAUCAACAAAAGGCCAGUCUUUGCGUGAAGAAUGGAUUGCUUACGUUUGUCGCGAGAUUCUUCGCGGUCUUUCGCAUUUACACGCCAAUAAGAUAAUACAUCGCGAUAUUAAAGGACAGAACGUGUUGUUAACCGAUAAUGCCGAAGUCAAGUUAGUCGACUUCGGAGUUUCCGCACAACUCGACAGAACUAUUGGCCGAAGAAAUACAUUCAUAGGAACGCCAUAUUGGAUGGCACCUGAAGUUAUUGCGUGCGAUGAGAAUCCGGAUGCGACUUAUGAUAACCGAUCCGAUCUGUGGUCUCUCGGCAUAACGGCUCUGGAAAUGGCGGAGAAUACGCCGCCAUUGUGUGAUUUGCAUCCAAUGCGAGCGUUGUUUUUGAUUCCGCGAAAUCCGCCCCCGCGUCUUAAGUCGAAGAAAUGGUGUAAAAAGUUUCAGAGUUUUAUUGAAACUGUUUUAGUGAAGGAUUAUCAACAAAGACCGUACACGGAUCAGCUGUUGAAACAUCCGUUUAUCAGAGAUCAGCCGACAGAGAGACAAGUGAGGAUUCAGCUCAAGGAUCACAUUGAUCGGGUCAGAAAACAUAAACGGCAGGAUUCAGAUCCCAGAUUCCAACAUUCCGACGACGAAGACGACCUCUUGCCAAUCCCUGCUCCCGAUGAACCACGUGAUGACACUCUUCGCCGCAACGAUCGAACUCUGACGUCAGCACCGGCCGGACCCUCACGUGACCAUCCCGCUAACCGGCCACUGCCCGUUCCGCCGAGUCGUGUUAUAACAGUUCCGGAGUUACCGCCGCCGUCGAAGCCAUUGCCACCAGUUCCCGAUGAGAAAAAGCCGCGGAAUUCUGCUCUUUUUAAAGUUGCAUCUCAAAUGCAAAGACCCGAAGAUCUGGACGUUUUAGCGGCUCAACUCAACGAACUCGGAGCUAAUGGUCAACAAAGAGACCGAAGACGCGAUCGUCAAAAACCGAACAACGAUUCCGACGAUUCGGACGAAGAAAUCGAAGAUUCGAGAACAAGAAAUGACGGAACUCUUCUCGCCUCUGAUCCGCCACGACCUCUUCCGGGAGCUGUUCCGCCGAACCGGCCUCUUCCGCCGCCUCCUGUCGACGCCCAACCUCCAAGCAAACCUCUUCCGCCGAUUCCACGCGAAGACAACGACGGAACUCUUGUGUUGCGUCGCUUAAACGGCGCGUCGGAAGCGGAUCAACGCGCCGGCGCAGUUCCGGAUCUGUUGUCACAACACGUGCCGUCAGAACAACGCGCGGACGAAGUGUCGGCUCUUUUGAUGCAAUUCCGUCAGUCUUCGGGAGCGCCGACGCCGAUUUCGCAAUUGCAGAACAAACAACGCUCUUUCUUGACGUUCGGUUUCUCAGCCGGCGGUCCGACUCCGAGUCCGCGUCGCGAAUCGCAUGUCAACGUGAAUGUUCCGAAUGCGGCGGCCGAUACGCCCGAAAUACGCAAAUACAAGAAGCGAUUCAAUUCGGAAGUGUUGUGUGCAGCGCUUUGGGGUGUCAAUCUUCUGAUCGGAACCGAAAACGGAUUAAUGCUUCUUGACCGAAGCGGACAAGGCAAAGUCUAUCAACUGAUAUCUCGAAGACGAUUCCAACAAAUGGAGGUUCUCGAGGGACAGAACAUCUUGAUUACGAUUUCGGGCAAAAAAGCAAGAGUUCGCGUUUAUUACUUGUCCUGGCUCAAAAGCAAAAUCAUUAGAACCGAUGGCCAAAUUGAGAAACGGUCUGGAUGGGUCAAUGUCGGUGAUCUUCAAGGAGCCAUUCAUUUCAAAAUCGUGGUGUGGCUGAUCCCACAACACGUGUCGAAGGACUGGGAAAACACGUUUCGUAUUUGGAGUGGAAACGUCAAAUACGAACGGAUCAAGUUCCUCGUCAUUGCUCUUCGUGAUAGCGUCGAGAUCUACGCGUGGGCGCCAAAACCUUAUCAUAAAUUCAUGGCUUUCAAGUCAUUCGCAGAACUCGUCCACAAACCACUUCUUGUAGACAUGACUAUCGAAGAAGGCAUUCGUCUUAAAGUCAUUUACGGAUCCACUCAUGGCUUUCACGCCGUUGACCUCGACUGCGGUGCUGUCUAUGACAUAUACGUCCCGACACACACCCAGACGCCGAUUACUCCGCACACAAUCAUAACUUUGCCGAACUCUAAAGGUCUUCAACUGCUUCUCUGUUACGACAACGAAGGCGUUUACGUCAAUACUUACGGAAAAGUGAGUAAAAAUAUAGUUUUGCAAUGGGGAGAAAUGCCAACUUCGGUCGCAUUCAUCGGCACCGGACAAAUCAUGGGUUGGGGUAAUAAAGCCAUCGAAAUCAGAGGCGUCGAAACCGGACAUUUAGACGGAGUUUUUAUGCAUAAAAAAGCCCAAAAACUCAAGUUCUUAUGCGAACGAAACGACAAGGUCUUCUUCUCGUCGGCCAAAAGCGGUUCUUCGUGUCAGAUCUACUUUAUGACACUGAAUAAGCCGGGAAUGGCCAAUUGGUAAUCAAUUGGUAAUCAAUGGGCGACCAAUUGGUGGCGAAUUUUCGCUCAAUUUCUUACUUUUUGUA